AUCAGUGGACAACCUAGGGAUCCUGGGAGUCUGCGAGGACCCUGCCAGGGGGCCUGGGGCAGGGCCUGAGCCAGUCUCCCUAGGCGCCGGUUCUUCUUUUGCCAGGCAACCUUUCAGUGUCUUCCUCAGCUUUUUACAGUUCUCCGUCCUCCAGCAUGCCCGGUCCGACUCCUAGUGGCACUAACGUGGGCUCCUCGGGGCGUUCUCCCAGCAAAGCAGUUGCCGCCCGGGCGGCGGGAUCCACUGUCCGGCAAAGGAAGAAUGCCAGCUGUGGAACAAGAAGCACAGGCCGCACGACCUCAGCAGGCACUGGGGGCAUGUGGCGAUUUUACACAGAAGAUUCACCGGGGCUCAAAGUUGGCCCUGUUCCAGUAUUGGUUAUGAGUCUUCUGUUCAUCGCUUCUGUAUUUAUGUUGCACAUUUGGGGCAAGUACACUCGUUCGUAGAUUUGGCUACAUCCAUCUGUCAUCUGAAGAAGAAGGAAAAAACCCAACAUAUCUUGGACCAAAAGUAUAGUGAAUUUUUUCUUCAUGAGAAAGAAAUUUGCUGUAAGCUUAUUGUUUUACAGGGAACUUAACAAGAAUUGAUUUUGAACAAUCUGUUUUUUCUAUAACUAAUAAACUUUUUAAUUCAUUUAUACUGAGUCUGAUUGCCAGGUGCUUCCCUGUGAGUGCCUAGUCUCUCUACCUUUAGACCUGCAAGUAAAUACAUAGAAAAUUUAUCUUUUGGAGAUUGUAUUCUUUUUUUUGGAUUGACAGUUACUCGUCCAACCAUGUAGUCAUUCAGAUCCAAGAUCCUGUAAUUGGCCUUGGCUUGUUUUCUUCAAGGUAUUUCUGUCCUGGUGAUUGUCAUUUUGGGUAUUUUGUGGCUUUUACGGAGGGUGCCUGUGACUCCCAUUAGGCAGAUCUCUGUUCAGAGGCAGCUGGUACCCAGGAGAACAGUCAAAAAAAUCAGAAACUAGAAAUCUUGGAUGAAAUGUUUGCUCAUUCUGUUCUUUGUCUCUAAAAUCAUAGAUAAUAUUUUGCCUCUUCUUUCUUCCAUUCCCUUGAGUGCACACCGUGGCUUUCAAUCCAUUUAUCUUUUUAUUUCCCAACCUGUUUGGAAAGAAUUCAUUUGGAUUUAAUAAAUAAAAAUUUGUUUUGAAAAUUAAAGACCUUUAUAAUGAGUGAGAUACUGACAUUCAGUUCAUAUAAUUCGAUUUAAACUAAAAGUUUUUGCUGUUGUUUAGCUCAUGCUGCUAUACCAGUUUAAGCAUUCAGUAUCUGUUAGUCCCUAGGAAAUGCCAGAAGUUGCUCACAGGUAAUACACUCUGGGACCUUAAGACUCCAAACCAGAAUUCCUAAAGAGAAAGUGAGAGACCUCUGAAGUGCCUAAUUGUCCAUUAAAUCACAAUAUGAUGACAUGUAAAUUAAAAAACAUAAUUUUAAGAUAUCCUUCUUACACAGUUAAGCCUGUUUAUGAAAAAAAAAAUAUUUGAACAGUUAAAUGACUUUUAAAAUCCUAGCUGUAAAACCCAAGAUAAAAAUAUAUGGUGAAUGUCUAAAUAAAAUUUGUUAUAGUAAAGGACACAUAGCCAUCAACCCUCCCCCUCAGCAUACUCCCCUCUGUGAACACACUUGCUAUCAUUUUUGUAACUUUCUGAAGCAGUUCUGGAAAUCCUCUUUUGUGUCUCUGGGGUGUGAUAGAAAAAUUUAGUGAAUGCUGCUGCCCCGUGCCAUCCAGUGGAAAGGCCAGCUGGUAAAAUACAUUAUGAUGUAUCCUCAUCCACCUGUUCACCAGAUCUGGCACUGUGCAACUACUGUCUUUCCCAAAGUUAAAAUGACCACGAAAAGUAAACAUUUUGAAUUAGUUCAGGACAUCAGGUCGCCACACUACUAUAACUAAUGACAAUGGCAAUAUAUCUUAUGUAAUAAAAACAUUUAAAUUCACCCUAUUUUUGGUCAUACUG